AUGUUUGAUCAAUAUGAGUCUGUUUUAGAUGAGUAUAUUAAGUUAGGAUUUAUUGAGGAGGUAAAGUUAGAAGAUAACUCCUUUGAUCCAGUUGAUGGCAUUAAUCAUUAUUUACCUCACCACCCAGUUUUUAAGAAAUCUGCUACGACUCCAAUUAGGAUAGUUUUCAAUGCAAGUAGUGAGGAGUCACGCCAUGCAAAGUCCCUCAAUGAUUGUUUACAUGCGGGACCUAAUCUGGCGACGAAAUUGACAGAUAUGCUGCUGGAAUUCCGUCAGAACAAAUAUGCUGUAGUAGCAGACAUAAGUAAAGCUUUCCUUAGGAUGGGAAUUAAUGAAAAUCACACAGAUUUCACAAGAUUCUUAUGGUUGACUGAUAGAGAUUUUAAGCAUGUCAAGACUGUUAUUUAG